AUGGCUUCCAAGAGAGGACGCGCUGCCACCGGCAACAAGCUCAAGAUGACCCUCGGUCUUCCCGUCGGUGCCGUCAUGAACUGCUGCGACAACUCCGGUGCCAGGAACCUCUACAUCAUCUCGGUCAAGGGCACUGGUGCGCGCCUGAACCGUCUGCCGGCCGGUGGUGUCGGCGACAUGGUCAUGGCCACUGUCAAGAAGGGCAAGCCUGAGCUGAGGAAGAAGGUCAUGCCUGCCGUCAUCGUCCGCCAGAGCAAGCCCUGGAGGAGGGGAGACGGUAUCUACCUCUACUUCGAGGACAACGCUGGUGUGAUCGUCAAUCCCAAGGGUGAAAUGAAGGGCUCUGCCAUCACUGGCCCCGUCGGUAAGGAGGCUGCUGAGCUCUGGCCCCGUAUUGCCAGCAACUCCGGUGUUGUCAUGUAA